CGUUCGUCACCAUAGCCACCACAUUCAUAUUUACGUCUGAAUAUUGUUCUCGAAAUUGUCUGUUUUGCUUGGCGCCUCGCAUCAACCCGAACAUGCGUCGUGAUACCGCAAAUUGUUUGCCUGCCUUGAACACUGCGUAAUACAGCGAGGAAUUGAGCUGCCGCGAGGCGUUUCACAUUCGUUUGGUUCUGUGUUUAUAUUUUGAAUUUAACCAUGGAAAAUCUAUCCACUGAAACUGACAUUGGGGCCAUAUUCCGGCUGUGGGAGGAAGGGCACAAUGAUCCACAUCAUGACCCAAUCCCAAUACUCACCAGACUUGCCGAACUCUUUGAACAAGAAACAGAAAAUUAUUUAAAAAUGGAUCCUGACCCAUUUGAUGAGCGUCACCCUUCUCGUGCAGAUCCAGACUGUUCCCUUGGUCAUAUGCUCAAAGUCAUAUUUCGCAAGGAUGCUUUUAUGAAUAAGCUUGUAAAUGAUUAUCUAAGAGACAACUAUUAUGCUCGUCUGGGAAUCUCAGGCAGGAAUGUAAGAGAAUUAAAUAUUGCCGCCUGUCGUUUGAUGCUUGACAUCACUCCUGGUUUGGAAACAUCUGCUGUCUUCGAAACUCCUAGCAAUGAUGCUCUGGUUAACCGCCUCUUUGGCUGGGCCAAAGAGGCUCCGGAGCCAUUACAAACCUAUGCAACUGGUUUGCUAGCAGCGGCCAUGGAAGUUCAGGAUAUUGCUGUUGUUUUUCGGGAGAAGAAUUCCCAACUAGUCCCACUAAUGCUGAAGCGGUUACAUGUUAUUCAAGCUCAAGCUCAAGAAGAAAGACUUGCCGCUAUGAAUUCCAGCCGUCCCUUUGCUCAUCUAGGUUCAAAAUCUGAGGGCAAGUCAGACUCAGUGGGCACCCCCACCGUGAAGAAAAGAAAAACUGACAUAUCGCCUCACAGCACCAGUAAAGAUAAUGGAUUGAUGAGCCCUCCCCACUGGAACAGUGGACCCACCACACUCUCAUCCAAUGGGGACAAGGUAGAGAGAAGGCCAUCUAAAGAUGGUGACAGUGCAUCACAGAGGAAAGAUGAAGGAGACUCAAAAUCUACAGCAAAAGUAAAUGUCACACUGUCAGAAGAAGAUCUACCUGAUGGUGUUGGCUUGCUACCACCUUCAACUCCUGGAAGGGAGACACGAGGUCCUAUCAUGUCGCCACCCCACUCCAUACCCCAGCACUCCGUUCUGCGCAGUCCCUUCCAUACUUCGAGUAACAUCAGUGAGUGCAGUAAUUCAUCCUGGGCUGAAAUGGAGAACUAUGUAAUUGGCUCUAUCCAGAUGUACCCAUUGAACAUAGCCACGCAGCAGAUGUUUAUCUUACGAUACCUGACUCCUAUGGGAGAAUAUCAAGAGUUUCUCAGCCAUGUGUUUGAACAAAAUGCCUUAGAACUCAUCUUAAAGUACACAAACCUUAGAGAAUCAAAGGAUGCCAGGCUUGCAUUUGAAGCACUAAAAUAUUUAGCCUCUCUCUUGUGUCACAAAAAAUUCUCUAUUGAGUUUAUUAAUGUUCACGGACUCCAGCGGCUUCUAGAAGUUCCUCGUCCAAGUAUAGCAGCAACAGGUGUUUCUAUCUGCCUUUAUUAUCUCGCAUAUUGUGAGGAUGCUAUUGAAAGGGUUUGUCUUCUUCCACAACAUAUUAUAUCAGAUCUUGUUACGUAUGCCCUUUGGCUUUUGGAAUGCUCCCAUGAUUCUGGCCGUUGUCAUGCAACCAUGUUCUUUGGACUAUCUUUCCAAUUUAGAGUAAUACUUGAAGAGUUUGAUAGUCAGGAUGGGCUGCGGAAGCUUUACAAUGUGGUAAGCACUUUGCCCAUCAUGUCCACUGAGGAAGAAGCUGCUCUAAAUGAGGAUGAAGAAUGCUCAGCGCGGCAAAUAGUUCGCCAUGUGUGUGUUGCUUUGAAACGCUAUUUCGAAGCUCACUUGUACAUUCGUGCCGAACAGUUGCGAAGAGCACACAUGCGCGAAAGCGACGAUCAUCGACAACUUCAACAUAUGCCAUCCUACAAAGCUACAAAAUCAACUCCAGAAGAGAUUCAAGAACAGGUUGAAACUCUCCUUGAGUUGAUGUCGUUUAGAGCAAAUUGGCCUCCGGUCGACGAGUUGCUUCGUUUGGGGGGCGUGACCUUGCUUCUGCAGGUGAUCGCUUUCGCCUACGAAUGGAACUACUCGGGCCGGUCAGUACGGGAUGCCGAAACUGUGCGCAGUGCUCUGGACGUUCUAUCUAUCUGCUCUGUCAUGCCUCAAGUCCAAUUGCUCUUUUGUGAGCAAGUUUCAAUGCCUGAUGAAGGCCUCACAGUUGGCAUGAACAUAAUCUUGGGGGCUGCAGAAGGAGAAAUAGUCGCUGAUCCUGAUGUCCAAAGAUCUGCAUUGUCUGUUCUUAUCAACUGUGUCUGCGCACCAGUUCACAGGAUUGGAGGGACAAUAGCUCGGUUCUCUGGUUCAGGCUAUGCUCGAAAAAAGGCAAAUUUCCGUCUAAGUGAAGAUGUCAUUCUGAAGAUGUGGGAUAGUGUUCGGUCCAAUAAUGGAAUUAUGGUCUUCAUUACAUUAAUGACUGUGAAAACACCGAUUACUGAUGCUGAUUCUAUCAGAGCUCUUGCCUGCCGAGCUUUAGCAGGCUUGGCACGAAGUGAAACUGUGAAGCAGAUUAUUGGAAAACUACCCUUAUUUAUCAGUGGUCAACUUCAAAGUUUGAUGCAAAAUCCUAUUCUCCAAGACAAGCGUCAGGAACAUGUCAGCUUCCAAAAGUAUGCACUUGAAUUGUUGGAGCGUGUCUCUGGAAGAGCAAAACCUUCUGGAAAUGAGUUUGAGAUUUCUUUGGCAAACAUUCACAGGGCUAAUGUGAUUGCUCAAACUCGCAUUCAUUUCAAUGAAAAGCAACUUUUCCAGCUGAUUCAUCAGCAUCUGGUGGCAAAGGGAAUGAAUGAAAGUGCUGCUACACUUUUGAAGGAAGCAGGCUUGCCCUCUCCAAAACCAGCCCUGCCACCUUCAGUGCCUUUACCCUUUUCAUACCAGCGUAAUGCUGGCCCUGCUGCAAUCAGGCCACGAUCUUCAGCAUCCCCUUUGACCAAUCAUCUCCAUCGUUUACCCCUUUCUUCUCCUCACCUCUCCUCCCCAGUCUCAAGCACUGGCACUCCAACAGCCAGUGGCUCCUCCAGUAGUCAGAGCCUAGCGGUAGCUGCUGCCUCACCUGCGGUUGCAGCCAGUAGUGACGCUUCUGCUUCACUCACCCCUGUACCAAUCAAACUAAGUUUGUCAAGCCAUAGGAGAGAGAGCCUGUAUAUGAAUAGUCCAGCCAGCAAAUCUCUACAGAAGCAAAUAACCUAUGAAGCUACACCUGGGGCCGCUUCUCCCUUAUUGAAAUCAUCAGCUGUUACUGCCGCUUCAAGUUUAAUUCCCACGGUUGAAAACCAAGUGACCCUAGAUUCUAUUAUCACAGAAUACCUUACAAAUCAGCAUGCUCUUUGCAAAAAUCCUAUGAUAACUUGUCCCCAAUUUAAUUUAUUUGAGCCGCAUAAAUGUCCUGAUCCUAAGGCAAAGAGGAGUGCUCCUAUUAACUUUGCUAUGAGAAACAUUCGACGGUCGGUGUUCCCUCCAUUUGGUGGUCCAGAUGGUUUCCGCCUGGAUCGUCGUCUAGUGCACAGCCGAUUUUGUCCUGUGAGAACUUUCCGUCCUGCAGAAGAGGAUAGUUUCUACACAUGCUGUGCCUUUCUGCCAAAUGGGCAACAACUGGUUGUUGGAACCUACCAGGGUGAAGUAAAACUAUAUAAUUUGCAAUCCACAGUGCAAGAGGAGAUAACGGUUCAGUGCCACGAAUCAUACAUUAAUAAUCUACAACCGCAUAAAAGUGGAAAACUCCUACUAAGCUCUUGUACCUGGAGACCACCACUGUCUGCUUUAUGGUCCAUUAACAACACAACGUUUGAAUCAAGGAGGUAUACUCUUGGAGACGAAGAAUAUGUUGAGUUUAGUAAACAAGAUCAAGACAAGUUAAUAGCAACAAAUGCACAAAUAGCAACGAUUUAUGACUUAGAGACUGGGAAAAAACUAAUGACCCUGAAACCUCAAGUAUCAAAUCAAUAUCCUAAAAAUAGAGCAACAUUCAGCCCCACCAAUGAACUUGUUUUAUCUGACGGUGUGCUUUGGGAUGUUAACUCAGGAAAGGAAAUUCAUAAGUUAGACAAAUUGAACCAGAGUAUCAGUGGUGUAUUCCAUCCAAAUGGUUUAGAAAUUGUUGCAAACACUGAGGUCUGGGACCUGAGAACAUUCCAUUUACUAAGAACAGUUCCACUUUUAGACCAUUGUGAGCUUGUGUUUUCUCCUGAUGGUGCUGCCAUUUACACUUUAUCAAUGGAGCAGGAGAAUGAUGACUCCAAGGAAGCAUUUGAAUCAUCAUUCCGAACCUUGGAUGCGUAUGAUUAUUCACCCAUUGCCACUAUAGAUGUCAAAAAGAAUAUUCAUUGCAUUGCUUGCAACAAAUUUGACACUCAAAUAGCAAUUGUGGAAAAUGUAGGAAUGUUUGAUAACAUCCAGGAAUCCAGUGUUAGAGUAUAUGAUGUCGGUCGACGCAGAGAUGAUGAUGAUGAAGCGGAGGAGGAGGAGGAAGAUGAAGAGGAUGAUGAAAUGGAUAGUGGUGACGAUGGUUCGUCAGAUGACAAUUUAAAUGCUAAUGGUCUUAUGAACUUAAUUGAUGAUCUGGAUGUUGAUGAUGAGCAGAAUGAAAAUGAUGGGGAUGAUGCGGGUGAUGAUCAGGGUGAUGUAGAGGAUGAGGACUCUUCUUCUGAUGAUAGCAAUGACAUUGAAGAACUGAGCAUUGGAAGCUCUGAGGACGAUCUUCUGGAGUUAUUUUGAAUAGAAAAUCGUUUAAGGGUUUGAAAAAAUGUGAGCAAAUUGUCUAACAUCCUUUCAUGUAGUGACCUAAGAUUUACCAUAAACUUGUAACUGCAUUACUUGCUCAUUUGCCUACCCCAAAAUGUUAAUGAUGGCAUUCUAUGUCAUGAUGUUAUGUGCUUUUAAGCCACAUAUGGUGAUAAAAGGAAUAUGGCAUGAGCAGUGUGUCUUAUAUUUAAUUUCACAUCAAAGGUUCUACAAAUCCACUUGUUCUAUUUGUCAAUCCUAGUCAAUCAGGUAUGUCAAAGGGUGUUUUAUAUGUCAAGAGUUAAAAAUAGACUCAUUUUAUUUUUUGGUUUUGGUACUGAAAAAAAUAUGCCAAAUUAUGUAAGCUUCUGAACUUUUAUAUAAUGGAUUGGAAAUCUUGAUUCUGAAAUUUGCAUGAAGCACUCUGUGAAUGAUAUGGACACAUUUCCAUAAAUAAAUGUAUUUAUAUUA